GUUUGUGGGGAUCCCUGCGCCCUUCAGUGCCCAGAUUUCAAAUGGUCAGUCCGCCCCUGGAAUAGCCUUUGUAACCAUGUGACUUCUGUGAUCAUGAAGUCACAAGUGACAUCUUGCUUACUACAAUGCAUGUGAUCACUGAUUGGCCAAUCAGUGAUCACAUGAGAAUUGUGAACAAUGAAUGGAUUCAAUUCAUGCCAUUCAUUGUAUACAAGUGUGCUGCUAGCUGUGAUUGAUCACGGUGAUCACAGGGUACCCACAGAGCCAAUCCAAGUCUAUAUGUACCAUGUGAUUAUCUGUGUCAUAUCACAGCUA